AUGGAGUUCAUGGAGACAGAAACGGACGAGGAGGAGAUGGACAGCGACUCAGACUACGAGCCCAUCCUCAACUCCAUUCUCUUCCACGAUCGCGAGAGUGGUUAUGGUGGCUAUCGCGGCUCCUCCAACACGAGGCGCUCCUACAUUCUCCUGGUGCUGCAGAACCUGGUGGGCAGCGGCCUGAUCGAGUACGAGGGCGACGGCUUCGCGCGUAAGCUGCCCAAGAUCCAGGGCAAGCAGACGACGGACGCCCUCGUACGCAAUGACUUCUACCAGAGCGUCAUGAGGGCCUCCGGACAGACAGCCCGGCGACAGCCGUGGAACGUGGCGCAGAUGCUGAGCGAGCGACAGCACGUGCGCUCCUGGACGACGGCCCAGAAGUGCAAGAUGAGCAGCCUGUACGUGCCGAACGUGAAGGAAGGCGUGGCGAUGAAGUACGACUCGAAGGUCUUCUGCGGCAGCUUCACGCCGAACGGGAAGCACUUCGUGACGGCGUGCCAGGAGGGUGAGAUCCGCGUGUACGACGCCACGGCGUCCGGCAUCAAGCCGGGGUACAAGCUCGUCAACACACUGCUGGGACGCGACGUGGAGUGGAGCAUCCUGGACAUGGACUUCACGCCGGACGGACAGGAGUUUGUGUACGCCACAAGGUCGUGUUGUCUUCACGUGGGAAAUCUGCACGGGCGCAGCUCGGACAUCAUGUGCAUCCCGUUCGAUGAGUAUUCCAUGCACAAGUUCGCCUCCUAUUCCGUCCAGUUCGCCAACGGCGGGCGCGAGCUGAUCGCCGGCUGCAGCGACGGCGCGGUGUCCGUGUACGACAGGGACAGGUGCGCGUGGACGGAGCGCGCGCUGGAGGACAAUAUGGAGGUGAACGCUGUGCGGCUGCUCGAGGGCAACUCGCACAUCCUGUGCGCGGGCUCGGACGACGGCACCAUCCGGAUAUACGACCGCCGAGCGAUGGCUGUGAAGUCGCGCGGAAGCGUGGGCAUGUUCGUGGGCCACCUGGACGGCGUGACGUCGAUUGACGUGAAGAACGACGGCCGGUACUUCAUCACGAACUCCAAGGACCAGACGAUAAAGCUGUGGGACGUGCGCGUGACGUCGAAGGAGAGCCAGAUCCAGGAGUUCGCCGCCGGCAAGCGCGACGCCUUCCGCGACUGGGACUACAGAUGGAACACAGUGCCGCCGAGCUACUACAAAGUCAACGAGCUGCCGGGCGACACGAGCGUGAUGUCCUACCGUGGCCACCGGGUGUUCAAGAGCCUGAUCCGGGCCAAGUUCAGCCCCGCCUCGACCACUGGCCAGCGCUACAUCUACACCGGCUGCGGCACGGGCUAUCUUGUGAUGUACGACGCCCUCACGGGCGAAAUGGUGCAGGCGAUCCGCGGCCACUCGAACAUUGUGCGCGACGUGGCGUGGCAUCCGCACCGCUCGGAGAUCCUCACCAGCUCCUGGGACUGCAACGUGAACCUGUACUCAUACAAGGCGGAAGGGUGGAAGAAGGAGAACAAGAGCGCCCGCUCAGGCGUCACACUGAGACGUUCCCUGCGCAUUGCCAACCGCAAUCGCCGCAAUCAGUCAGAUAUUUCGUGAAAAGACAACAUCCUGAUUACUCAAUUUCCUGAUUCCUACUGAAAUUAUGGGAGUGUACUUCUGAUAGAGGGAUGAAUUGAUACACGUGUAAGUUUUGUAUUGGAGGAAAAUAAGAAAAGGUAUACUUGAUCACAAUAAAUAUCA